AGGAGAGUUUACACGGUGUAUAAAAGGAGACUGUAACAGCGAGUAACACAGUCGACUCAAGUUCAGAAGAGCCGCCGAGAAGAGCUCAGAAGAGCCUGCCAAAGAAACCUAUACAAAUAAACACAGAAAAGACAAAGAAGCUGACCGCAGAGAUGGACAGUGGUGACAAGAGACAGACCGAAACGGUCCAGAGCACAGAAAGCGAUCUGUCAGAGCAAAUAAAGACCGCGACAAAGGAGAGCCACGUCAGAGCGGAGAACACGCAGCUUAUGCAGAGCUUCCAGAAGGGGCAAAUAGCUCUGCCACAGUAUAAGCUCCUCCUGUUCUCGCUGUAUGAGAUCUACAACGCUCUGGAAGAGGAACUGGACAGAAAUGCCUCCCAUCCAAGUGUGGCACCAAUAUACUUUCCCCAAGAACUGGCCCGACUUGAGUCACUGAAGAAGGACCUCGCACACUUUUAUGGACAAAACUGGAGGGAGAGAGUCAUUGUCCCUGCAGCUACACAGAGAUACACACAGAGGCUGAGACAGGUGGGCAAAGAAAAUCCAGAAUAUCUAGUGGCCCAUGCCUACACCCGUUACCUUGGAGACCUGUCAGGGGGGCAGGUCCUGGGACGCAUUACCCAGAAGUCCCUGGGGCUGAAGAAUGGGGAUGGUCUGUCCUUCUUCUCUUUCCCCGGGGUGAGCAGCCCAAAUCGCUUCAAGCAGCUGUACAGAAGCAGGAUGAACAGCAUCGAACUGACGGAGGAGGAGAGGAAGGGUCUGCUGGAGGAGGCAGUCAGAGCUUUCCAGCUCAACGUUGAGGUGUUUGAUGACCUCCUGAAGAUGCAGACUGCUGCAGAGCCUGAAGCAGGCGUGCGGCGGAGACACGGAGUUCAAAAUAACAACACGGCUCUAGAGAUGGACAAAAACCAUCUUGAAGAUGUUCAGAUCAGUGGCAGCGAUUUGUCGGAGCAGAUCAAGGCCGUGACAAAGGACAGCCACGUCAGGGCGGAGAACACCGAACUCAUGCUGAGCUUCCAGAGGGGGCAGAUAACCCUGCCACAGUAUAAGCUGCUCCUGUUCUCGCUGUAUGAAAUCUACAACACUUUGGAAGAAGAACUGGACAGAAAUGCCUCCCAUCCAAGUGUGGCACCAAUAUACUUUCCCCAAGAACUGGCCCGACUUGAGUCACUGAAGAAGGACCUCAAUCGCUUCAAGCAGCUGUACAGAAGCAGGAUGAACAGCAUCGAGCUGACGGAGGAGGAGAGGAAGGGUCUGCUGGAGGAGGCGGUCAGAGCUUUCCAGCUCAACGUCGAGGUUUUUGACGAUCUACAGAAGAUGCUGAGCUUUACCGAGAGCAGAACCGAUGUGAGCCACAAACACUCUACUCCCGACACAUGGGGAGGUAACCUGCUGACACAAGCACAAGCCCCAACCUCACUCGUCCCUUCUUCUCUUCUUCGGUUAAUUCUGGGCAUCUGCGUUGCCUUAGCAACGGUGGGACUUGGAAUAUACAAAUUUUGAUACAUUUUCUUUUUUUCUUUUUAUUGAACCUGUAGUGCAGAAUAGAGAAACUGAGUAACAGGCACUUAAAGCUGCUGAUUCUUAGCUGCUUCUCAAACGUUGCUUAAAAUAAUGAUGCAUUUACACAUUCCCUUUAAAGUACUUGGCUGAACAGUAUAGCUCGUCUCUUCUGGGAUUGUUCCAGUUUGAAACGUAGUAUCUUAAUGAUAACCCAGCACUUUUAGUGUAAUAUGUAGCUCCAGUAUGCAAAUAACUCAAUUGGAGUGUGUGUGUGUGUGUGUGUGUGUGUGUGGUUGGGGGCUGGAAUCACCUAUGCAGUUUGUACACUGUGUCUUGACACCAAUCAAUGCAUUUAAAACAGACUUAAUGUAUUCUGAUCAUAUCUUUUGAUACAGUAUUUCUAAAAAUGAUUUGUGAAAGAUGACUGCUAGGAUAUCAUGCAUUUGUUUGUUUUUAAUAUUGUGUAGUUUUUAACAUUGUGUGUCAACAGAAAUAAGUAACUUUAUAUUUUCUAAUAAAAUUAUUCCAUUAUGUGUGA